GGGAGGCGCGGGCCUUGGCAACAGAGAGCCCGGAGGAGGAGUGGGAAGAGGGGAGACAUGCCUUCGCGCGGGAGAGAAGUGGGGGCGGCGUCGACUGCUGCCGCGCGCCGUUGGGGCAGGACUCGCUCCCUCGACUGCAGCGGCGACGGCGGCGGCAGGAGGAACCAGGGAUCCGCGGCGACCCCCGCCAUGAAGGUGUCGGCGAACGUGUGCGGAGAGUGCGUGCAGGUGCCGUGCAAGGACGGCAAGCUGACGGUGCAGUGGCUGGGCGAAGAGGCGCUGCGCCGCUGCCGCAAGCUGCUGGGGGCGGCGACGCCGGCGUCGGGCCGCGUGGCCGAGGUGCGCCGCUCCGAGGGCGGCGUGCUGCUCGACCCGGACGACCUGCUGGCCGACGCCUUAGACGACAACGACUUCGUCACCGUCGUAUUGGAGAAGGAAACACUAGACAAGAACCAAAAACCUGAAAAACUACAGGACAUACUUCAAACACUACCGCAGCAAUAUAAACGAGAUGAAGAGUAUUUGUUCUUGGACGGCGAGAGCUUGUCGCCGAACGACCUUCGAGCCCUGGGACGAGGCCAUUACAAGAUCAAGUUGACCCACGAAGCGGAGAUAAACGUGAAGAAGUCAAGAGAUCUCGUAGAGAAGAUCCUGCUAGAAAAGAAAGUCGUUUAUGGAAUCACCACCGGAUUCGGCAACUUCGCAAGAACUGUAAUCGACAGCGAAAAACUUGAGGAGCUGCAGUACAACCUGAUCAGGUCGCACGCGGCGGGGGUGGGCAGCCCGCUGACCCCGGACAGGACCCGCAUGCUGCUGGCCCUGCGCAUCAACGUGCUGGCCAAAGGUCACAGCGGCAUCUCGCUCAAGACGCUCAACCACCUCGUGGACGCCUUCAACGCCUCCUGCCUGUCCUUCGUGCCCGAGCAAGGCUCCGUGGGCGCCAGCGGAGAUCUGGCACCGCUGUCUCACCUGGCCCUGGGUCUCAUCGGCGAAGGGCAGAUGUGGAGCCCGGAGACCGGCUGGGGCAACGCCAUGAAGGUGCUGGAGUACCACGGGCUGCGCCCCAUGCAGCUGGCGGCCAAGGAGGGCAUCGCGCUCAUCAACGGCACGCAGCUGAUCACGUCGCUGGGCGCCGAGGCGGUGGAGCGCGCGCGCGCCGUGGCGCACCAGGCGGACGUGGUGGCGGCGCUCACCCUGGAGGUGCUCAAGGGCACGUCGCGCGCCUUCGACUCGGACGUGCAGCUCAUCCGGCCGCACAAGGGCCAGCUGGAGGUGGCGGCCCGCCUGCGCGCGCUGCUGCACUCCGACCUCUACCCCUCGCAGAUCGCAGAGAGCCACCGGUUCUGCAACCGCGUGCAGGACGCCUACACGCUGCGCUGCUGCCCGCAGGUGCACGGCAUCGUGCACGACACCAUCAAGUUCGUGGACGGCGUGAUCAGCAUCGAGAUCAACAGCUGCACCGACAACCCCAUAGUGUUCGCGGACCGCGGGGAGAUUAUCUCGGCGGGCAACUUCCACGGCGAGUACCCGGCCAAGGCGCUGGACUACCUGGCGGUCGGCGUGCACGAGCUGGCGUCCAUGAGCGAGCGACGCACCGAGCGACUCGUCAACCCAGCCCUGAGCGAGCUCCCAGCGUUCCUGGUCAAGGACGGGGGCCUCAACUCGGGCUUCAUGCUGGCUCACUGCACGGCUGCGUCCUUGGUGUCGGAGAACAAAGUGCUGUGCCACCCGUCAUCCGUGGACUCGCUCAGCACCAGCGCCGGCACGGAGGAUCACGUGUCCAUGGGCUGCUUCGCCGCCAGGAAGUGCCUGCAGGUCCUGGAGAACGUGGAGCGGGUGAUCGCCAUAGAGCUGCUGGCGGCCUGCCAGGCCAUAGAGUUCCUCAGGCCGCUGAAGACGACAGCGCCCUUGGAGGAGGUGUACAGCCUGGUGCGGCACUACGUCAGCCCCUGGGACAGGGACCGGUUCAUGGCGCCCGACAUCGAGAAGGUGGCGGAGAUCCUCAAGGACAACCUCGUGUGGGAGGCCGUGCGCCACCACAUCGACAACUACCACGCGCCGCGGGAGCUGGAGACGCGGGUGUUCAGUCCCACGGCCGUCAUGGUGGGCGGGAAGCAGCGAGAUCGCCCGCACUCUAACAACGCCCACGUCAAGAGGCUGCGCUACAACUGAAGGUCGCCGGCCUCCAAGAAGGAAGACCUCCUUCCAGCGCGCAAGAGAAUCCUUCCUCUCUACCGGGAGACACACACCCACCCCGUCUCACCGUCUCCGUCCUAGAAGCGGAGACCAUCUGCUUCUGAAACCGACUGUAACAUUUUUUUUUGCUUAAACUUUGUUUCGCUCUGUAAUAAAUCAGUUUAUUUCAGUGAAUAAAAAAAAAUUUGUCGAUUCA